AACGGUUUUCUAAGAUGGCGGUGAGCGGUACUCGUAUGACUUCAUUGUAGAGAAAUUUCGCCAAAAACAUGCCGAAAGCAAAGAAACCAGGCAGAUCUGAUCUGCUAUUAAAUCUGCGGAUGUCGAUUAACAAAACUUUGGUUCCAUUGAGGGAUCAAUCGAAUCAGAUGAUGGCUUAUCUGGAUGAAGUUGUACCGAUGGCAAAGGAAACUAUAAAAGCGUUAAAAGAAAAACGAGAUGAUGCAGUAUACGUUGUACCCAAAACUCCCACAGCUAAGAAAAAACGAAAGGCGUUGCCUGGUGUAAGCACAAGGUGUACGAGGCGUAUGGCCAAAAUGCAGGGUUUAGAUGAUGAAAGCGAGAGUGAAACGACUUCUAUGGAUGCGUCGGUAGUUAAACAUACAAGACCAAAAGUGGUAGAUAGAGAAGUUACUUUCAGAAGUGAAGCGGAAGAGAGUGAUAAGGAGAACAAUUCUAAAAAUAAAACAAACGUAAAAUUAUUUAAUCAACAAACGGGCGAAAAGAGAUCACGUAACAAAAUGGAUGAAAAUACUGCCAAAAAGAAAGAUAGCGAAGAACCUGAGACAAAACGAAAAGCAUACGCCUCGACGGAAAAAAAGAGUGAUUCCAACGAUUCAACUGAACCUUCACCCCCGGUAGACAAAACGAAGACAGACAGUGACGUUAGUACAGCUUCAAAAGAUAGGCAAGAUAUAACUUCAGAUGAAAGCGACGGAAUCGAAGAUGAAGACAAUGAUAUGGAUAAUGAUAAUCAUGACGAUGUAACAAAUAAAAAAUCUAAGCCUGCAGCUGAGCCGGAAAAACCGGCACCUGUUAAAAAGGUAGAGGAAAGAGUAAUUAAACCUGCUGAAAACGAAAAUAUGCGUCAAACAAGAUCUAAACUUAAAAAAAUCGAUGAUAACAUUUCACCAAGAAAACGAAAACAAGAUGGCGAUACUGAAACAACGGGAAAAAUUCAAAAAUUUGAUUCACGGGAAUCCUCAAACCAGCAAGAAAUUAGAAUCACCAGAUCAAAAACCAAGCAUAUAAUGGAAGCAUCAACUAUAAAACCAAUUAUUAAACCGCGUCUUAAUCAUAUUGAUCCUCGAACAGGAAUGCCGUUAACUUCAUUCUUGCCGAGUGCCCUGAAAGGAACUCCUGACAGAGUGAAUCGAAUGAAGUUAGCCGAGGAACAAAAGAGAAAACAAUUAGAGUUGAAAGAAAGAAUUACGCGCGAAAGGCAAGAAGAAAUGAAAAGAAAUCAGCAAUUACGAUUGGAAGAACUUAGGAAGAGAAAUGAAGAAAAGCAAGCUAAAGCAAAAGAACGACGAAAUCAACUAUCUCCAUCAGUUGGACGAACUAAUAAUGUUCUUAGCAGUCUUCAUGCUAUGAGGUCGGGUCUUCCAAAACCCCAAACUGAAAGUCGAAUUGAGAUGACUGAAGAAGAAAUGAGGAGAAAGAAACUAGAAGAACAGCAACAUUUAGAAGAGAUAAAGAGAAAGAGAGAAGAGCACCGUCGAAAACAGGAAUUGCAGAGGCAAAUUGAUGAAGAAGCUAAAAGAAAGAAAAUCGAAGCACAGAGAAUCGCCGAAGAGAAAGCAAGACUUGCGGCAGCUAAGAAAGUCGAAGAUGAAAAGCUAGCUCUUUUGAAGAAAGAACGCCAAAUGGCUAUGCAAUCGUCAUACCUGAACUCCACUGUUGAUAGGAUCGCGGAACCUCUAUCGAGUGUUUCGUCUUACAAUAUAAAUGAUCUAGAGACAGAUGGAGAAUCAGAUGAUGAAGAGCAUCCAAGGCACCGCUGCCCGACCUGGAUAAGCGACCAAAAGUUCAAGAUAUCUUUACUGAAACAAGCCAUGUCGGAUGAUAGAGAGAUUAGAAAGAUUUGGGGACGAAUUAAGCAACCGGAUUUAUAUGCCCUAUUUACUCGUCAAAGCACAAGUUUUAGAAAACGAACGUCGAGUGCUCACUGGGAUCAUCCUAUGGUGCCGCGAAGAGUUCCUUAA